GAACACCUUCUACCCUACAAGUACAGUGGGACCAUAGCUGUGGGGCCCACAUCAGUGUUCUCUACACCCUCCAAGGUUAAGGACUGGAAGAGCAGGUAUUUCCUCAUUUCUAAGAGUAGUGGUUGGGAUAUGAGUACUGUUUGGCAGAUUGAUUGUCGGACUUUCAAUGAAGGGUUCAAUGAAGAGCUACGGGCUGCGAUUCAGGAUUUUGUCUACCAGAAGGUUGCAGUAGAAACCCUUUUGGCCAAGCCCAUGCUUAUACAGGCCAACCUGAGUCGCAUAGCUUCAAAGAAAAAGGCUUUGAGGAAGAAGCGGAGGGUUGAGCAUCGUUCUUCAAUGGAGGGUACCUCGGGCAGUUCCAAGAUGGCCAGGGGCAUGUUGCUUCCUGAGGAUGUGCGGUAUUACCCCAACUUGGACACAGUUGACGCUAGGACUCGGUUAACUCACUGCAUUGUCCAGGCGAACACCAUAGGGCAUGUCUUAUUGGAUCAGGUCACUGUGGGCCAGAAGGAGAGGGGCGAACUGCAGGCCAAUGUCAGCGCGGAGGAAGACCUUCAAUGGUUCAUCGAGCUGAGUGGGAAAAUGCGGUGUGAGCUGGUCGAGAACCAAGAGACCAUCGCCGCUCAGGACCUCCAACUGAACGACGUGCCUGAGGAGCUUGUCAUGUAAGUCAAUAAGGAGCCCUUGACUCCCAAGGAGGGUGAAGAAGCAAAUGGUGAAGGAGAGGGCGAGGAGGGUGACGACGCCAACGAUGAGCUGUAGGGCGGCAACGAGGAGUAGGUUAGCCUAUCUGAUGGUUUCUCUUCUUCUGGUGUUUCCGGGAGCCUGUGCGCUCCUAUAAGUUGAUCUCUUGGGCCUGCAUGUCCUAAAUAUAUGAACUUAUUGUUGCUGAGUUUUUUUUUCUUAAUAUACAUGUAUCUCGACCAUUGGACUUUUGUUAAUGGAAUUUAGUUUUUCACAUUUGAUAUCUUCUUUGGAUGUAGUUUUUUCCUGUUUGUCUGUUGCGCUAGUUAGGUCGGCUAGGUGCCUUUGAAUGCAAAAUCUCUAUCCAUCACGCAAGUUAGGUUGGCUAGUUUG